ACGUGCAGGUGUCUGACAGUGACAGCAUGACAGUAACUUAUGAAUUAUUUGGACGGAAAUAGUUUUUUCCUUUUAAGAGUGCGUGUUUGUUGAAUAAAAUAUUUUUUGACAAAAAUUAUAAAAGAAAGAAUAUACAAAAUCAAAAAUGGGAUCGAUAGUAAAGAAAUUGGUGACCUCCAUCAAGAGCAAAGAAUUCAGAGAAUAUUUAAUGAGCACACAUUUUUGGGGACCAGUUGCCAACUGGGGGAUACCACUCGCGGCGAUCGCAGAUACUCGUAAAGAUCCUAGCUUCAUCAGUGGCAAAAUGACAUUUGCUCUCUCCCUAUACUCCCUGAUGUUCAUGCGUUUCGCGUGGCGGGUACAACCUCGGAAUAUGCUUCUCUUCGCUUGCCACUUCACCAACGAAUGUGCUCAACUCACACAGGGAGCGAGGUUCGUCAACUAUCAUUACUUAGGAGGAAAAGAGAAGCAAGAUACUGAGCAGAAAGUUUGAGGAUAACCUACUUGUAAGUAAACAAAUGUUUUCAGGAUAUAUCUGUUUGUAGCAAAAAUAUGGGUCAAUAUUAUAUGUGUGUGGUGUACUCAUGACGCCUGAAUGUCCUGUUUUGAAGUGAUAUGUAGAUAGAUACAUAGCAAGAAAUAUUAUGUAGACGUGUUAUCAGAAAUUUAUAAAAUUUAGUAAUUGUUAUAAUUUUAGUAUUGUAACUGUAUAAAUUUCCUAAGAAAUACUUCAUACAUUUCGCGUAACAGAUAUUAGAAGUGUGAAUAAUGAUGUUGUUUGACUCAAAAUAACUGAGUGAUGUGAUUUCCCAGUGAAAAAGCCUUUUGGCUUUGUUCGAAACAUUACUACGACAAAAAGCGUCAACGGCGCUGGGAUUUAUGGUGCGUGCGUUCGCGCAUUAUUCAAAUGUAUAAUUAUAUAUAUAAAAUGUAUUACUAUAUAAAUUUAUUUCGGUUUUACAUUUAAAAAAAUAUUUUUAAUAUAAAUUUUUUAAAUGUAUAACAGAAAUAAUUUUACCUGAUAAAGGACAUUUCAAUCGAUCGAAUAUAUGAAAAACAAAAACACUUGGAUAAUUAAUCGUUACAAGUGAGCAACUUCGCAUUCUAUCGCUUAUAAUCGUGUCGCGUUGAGUCGUAUAGUUCAAUGUGUUUAAAAACCAUACAGUUUGAUGUAUCGUUAAUUGUUGCUUUAGUAGUUAAGCGUUAUCAAUGUUAUCAGGGUCCCGUAUCGUCACGCUGCCAACGUCGCGAGAUCUCGUGGUAUACGCAUGUUUAUGUGUUCAUUAUACACUAACAUACUAUGUAGUAUAAUUAUAAGUAGAUAAAAUUAUCAAAUACAAGUCUAUCUAGACUUAAAGAUUUUCAAAUACCUUGAUUUGGUAACGGAAAAUCUUUAACUGUAUUAGGAUAUGAUGAAAUGUAUCACAAAAACGUAACUUAAAUAAUAUCUGUUCUACGUAUGUAGUUUUUAAAGUUUAUUCCCAAGUACAUUUGAACCUAUAUUUGCUAUUUUUGAAUUUUUAUGUACCUAAACAAUAAUAAGUGUUAUUUAAAUGUUAAAGCCAAAAAGUAACUAAACAUAAGAAAACUUACAAGAUCUAUUCUAUCCUGAAAACAUUUGACGCUGUAUAAUCUUAAAGGCAUAUAUUGCUGACCAGAUGCUAAGCUAUUAGUGAGGUACCUAUCUCACGACGAUUUUUAUACAUAGAAGGUUAUAAUAGCAAAAAGGCUGUUUAUAAAGUCGUUAGUUGCAUAACUUACCAUCAUUAAAAAAAAAUGUCAUUAAUCUAGAAAAUAUGUAUUAUGAAUUAUGCCAAGCUAUAGCAAAAUUAUAUCUUUAUUCCUACUACUUCUGUAGUAAUUAUAUUGAUAAUUAUUUACAGAGAGAAAUAUAAAUGAUGUUAAAUAAAUCGGUUGUAUACGUUAGCAAAAUUUAUCGAUUUGAAUUGGCACAAAACCUAUAAAAAAUCGAUAUAGAAGUGGAACUGUUAUAAAAUUAACCAAUCAGUGUCGUUCUCUUUCAAAAUCUUUCAGGCGAUAUUUUCUUUGUUGUAUAUAAACUUUAUAAAAAAAUAAUAGAAUGAAACAUUUAGAAAAGGUAAAAUUAGGCAUUAUAAAAGAUUUUAGCCAAUUGUCUAAUAUGUGAACGUAGACUGUUCUAUUAAAAACAGUGAAAGACUUUUAAAACUUUGACUAGUAAGUAAAAUACAUAUAUUUAAAUAUUAAAUUAAGAAUAUUAAAAUAUUUGAGAUAUCCAUAGAGGUCGAUUAAUAUAUUGAUUUAUUCGACCCAUUUACUAUACGAUAGAUGUAUAGGUAUUAAAGUGUAAAUCUUUUGUUUACAUAUUUUGUAUUUUCUGUACAAUAGUUGUUUGCAUUCGAAACCAUAUUAUGAUUGAAGCUCUGACAUAAAAUUCUAACACGUGAUAGGUUGCACAAUUUUAGUUUUAAAGAAAAUAAUAAUUAAAAAAAUGUCAAUGCCAUUUAAACUAUGCUAAUAUUAUUAAAAAAAAGACAUGUUGUUAAAGUUUCAUCAUACAUUGGGCAACAUAAAAAAGAGUACCACGUACGUAACCUAGUUUUGUAUGAAGGUAGUAUAUUUUCUAUGCGCCUCACUAUACGUACGUUGGGGCAACCUUUUUUUUUGAUGUUUGCUUGUGAAUUGUUAAUGUACAAAAGAUUUUAAAUCUCCAUCUUACAAUUUUAAGGAAAUUAAACUUUAAAUUGCAUCACCGUUUGUAUUGUAAAUUAUUGUAACCAUUUGAUGAUUUGACAAAGCAUGGCGCUUAUUUCUACUUAUAAUUUAUUUUUAAUAAAUUUUUUUUUGAAUGAUUUCUAGCAGUGCUGGAAGAUUGUUGGUUUCGAUAAGUAUUUAGGCAUAGUAGUUGUUUUUUGCUUCUAAUUCAUCAAUUUUCCAAUAUAAUAAAUAAGACAAUUGUAAGCAGUCGACUAUCAACCGUUGGUCAGGGUCGCCAUCUUGAUUUUCAUUCGUUAUCAAAAUUAAUUAAUUUUAUUUUAAAUUAAUUCUUGAUUUUUAACUGAAAUGGAAAAAAAAGAAAUCAGUUUAAAAUCGUAGGUGUGACUGUGUUGUAAAGGCACUAUGCCUGAAUAACUUAUUUUAACAUUACAAAAAAAAAAACAUUGUACCUAUGUAAAUGUUACCGUGUAUCUUUGUGAUUUAUGUAACUAGUUAGUGAAUCUUAAUUGAGUUGUACAAGGGUAUAUUUUUUUGAAUAUUUAUUAUAAUUAUACGGUGUUGAUCUUUA